CACUUCGCAACGUUCGGCCAUAAAGUGACACUCUGGGACGGGAAGCAGAACAAACUGUAAGCUGCUGGGGAUCCAUCUUGCUCGAAAAAGAGACGAGGUUGGAAGGGUUUACCAGCUAAGAGUCACAAAAACUGUAUCGUUCCUCGCUGAGAGCGCUGGGGAGCCCGAGGAGGGGCUGUGUCGUUAUCUGUAGGAUGUCCCGACAUGAGGGUGUGAGCUGUGAUGCAUGUUUAAAGGGCAACUUUAGAGGAAGGCGAUUCAAGUGUCUAAUUUGCUACGACUACGACCUGUGCGCAUCGUGCUACGAGAGCGGAGCCACUACCACACGACACACCACAGAGCACCCCAUGCAGUGUAUAUUAACCAGAGUAGACUAUGAUUUGUAUUAUGGAGGGGAUACGUUUUCAGUGGAACAGCCUCAGUCGUUCACGUGUCCUUAUUGUGGAAAGAUGGGCUUCACGGAGACAUCCCUACAGGAGCAUGUCACCUCAGAGCAUUCGGAGACGUCCACAGAGGUGAUAUGCCCAAUCUGUGCUGCCUUGCCAGGAGGCGAUCCGAACCACGUGACGGAUGACUUUACGGCUCACCUCACCCUUGAGCACAGAGCGCCAAGAGAUUUAGAUGAGUCCAGCAGUGUACGGCAUGUACGCAGGAUGUUCCACCCAGGAAGAGGACUCGGCGGCCCCAGAGCUCGGCGGACUAAUAUGCACUUUACUAGCGGCUCAACAGGGGGACUUUCAUCCUCCUCAUCACAAAGCUCCACUUACACCCCCAGUAACAGAGAGACAAUGGACCCAAUUGCAGAGUUGUUGUCUCAACUGUCAGGCGUGCGGCGGGCUACGGGCGGGCAGAUAAACUCGUCGGGCCCUUCCGCCUCCCAGCUCCAGCAGCUCCAGAUGCAGCUGCAGCUGGAGCGGCAGCAGGCCCAGGCAGCCCGACAGCAAGUAGAGGCGGGCCGCCACGCAACACGGCGUGGCAACAAUCCCAACAACGCGGGCAACUCUGUCCCUCCACCUAGCUCGUCCACUGCCAACACCAACACUGUGGGGGAAAGCAAUCCCUCUUCCUCCUCGCAAAGCUCCCAGUUUCUAUUAGCACGGUUGAAUGAACCCAAGAUGUCCGAAGCAGAGCGCCAGUUCCUAGAAGGAGAGCGAGCUGACCGCAGCUUGUUUGUCCAGGAGCUGCUUCUGUCCACGCUAAUGCACGAGGAGAGCUCCUCCUCCGACGAGGAUGAGCGCCGAGACUUCGCCGACUUCGGAGCCAUGGGCUGCGUGGACAUCAUGCCUUUAGACGUGGCUCUGGAGAACCUGCAGCUCAGAGAGAGCAGCUCUUCGGGGAGGGAGCCUCCGCCGCCUCCUCUUUGAUGUCCGGGCAUCAAACAGACUGUGUCCUCUGUGCUGCAAUUGUCAGUGAAGGGACAUCAGACAGCCGCGGUCCUCCCUGGCCCCGCCCUUCUCUUUCUCUUUCUCUCUCACUCUAUCUCUCUCCUCUCUGUCUUCUCAGUUUGUUUUUGGUGAUUGUAAUUCAAGGCCCGUCACCGUAACUUGUUACAUUGUAAACAAAACGUAAAGAGAUCAAUUGGAAUAAAAUGUUCAUAUGGGGAAGGAAGCAAGAGAAGAGCUUUAUAUAAAUAUAUAUAUAUAUAUAUAAAAUAUAUAUGAAGUUGAUAAUCAAUUCACUUAACUUUUCUUUUAUCAGGUAAGUGUUGCAGGCAGCUUUGCUUCCUGUGACAUAAAAAGGGCCCUCCUUAUAAAUACUCCACAUUCAGAAGUCAAACGAACACAAGCCCCUCUAAUGAAGCAACACAAGCCCCUCUAAUGAAGCUGCUGUGUGUGUUAAUGAUCAUUAAUAAAUAAAACAUGUUUGAAUGGGUUACCAUAACUUACCGCAUGCAGUUAUUUGCAGCGUGCAUGACCUUUAAUGACCCAGUCAUUGAAAUUUUGUAGUUUUUAUUAUUUGUUUUCUUUAAAGAUAUCCCAAAGCUUUUAUCUCUUUCAAAUGGUUACAUCAAAUAUAGCUUAAGUGUUGAAAAUUUAGUAGCAUAUAAACUGACAUGCAGACAUCAGACUCUUUAACGGUAUGUCUUGUUAGGUUUUUCAUUGAGUUUUUAAAAUGAAGAGAAACAACUGGAAUCUGAAGAAAACGCUGCGAUUUGAGAAUCCUGUUUGACUUCUCUGUAUUACAGCUGCAGACACGAAAGCUAAGAAUGUAAGAAAAGAGCUUUGCCUCUAGAUGCUAAUCUUUAGUUUGAAGAUUUUAAAGCACAGUCUAGUUUUUAAUUUAUAAACAAAUCGAUCCGGUGCUCCUCCACACUCUGCUCGUGUCGGACCACGUGCUUUCAAAGGCUUGACUCACUGGAGCUUAAUUUGUUUGGUUUUUCCUUCCCCCUCUAACUUUAAAACUCUUUUUCUGUUAAAGCUAGCACUUUCUAUUUAUUUAUACCUGUUUUAUGAUUUGUUUGAGCCUUGACAUGGUUCAUGCCACCUUCAUGCCUCUACUUUUACCCUCUGUGUAAAGAAAUGUACAUGGAUUGUUUUUGCGUUAACUUUCAUAAUGAUUCUAUGACAUGAGCAGACUUUUUUUAAAUGUAAAUUUAGAUUACAAUAAAUAUGGCACACAUCUUUUGAUGGAAGUGAAAACCUCCA